GUUGCUCCACCCAUAGAUCUUUUCGCGCACAGCAGCUGACCGGGGCUCGCAUCGGCGGCUGCUGUUCACUGCCGUUCAUUUGACCACACUUCUUUCGCACGUGCCGGCCACUAUCUGACAUCUCGCCUCGUCGCUCGCCCUCUGUCGCCGCUCUGCUGGCCCUCGAUGAGCCAUACGCGGUGUCAUGGACUCGGCCGAUGGACAAGAGUUCACUCGGAAGCUGGCCUCGUUCGUGUCAACGCAUGAACGGGCCCUUGCGAACGCGCUGCAGCUGCAGCAUCAGAGGACCAAGCAUGGCAAAGAGCAGGGAGCCGCAGGCCGGCCGCAGACAUCGGCCGGCGCAUCCAGCACCAUGACCCUCUCGCAGUCGCUCUCGCGCCCCUCCUACCUGUCCUUCUCCUCGACCGCGAAUAUCAAGCCCGCGAAGCUCGUGCUGACGCCCCACCAUCUCUACUAUCUGCUCAGCGUGUUCGAGGCCGAGCUGGGCAUUGAUCCGGGCCCGAUGUUGAUACGGCUGGAAAAUCUACACAAUGAUGCGCCUGCGUCGAGCUACAUGUCCUUCCUCAACCACCCGCCACGAUUGCGGGGGAAGCAAUCGGACGCCGACUCGCUGCGCUCUGUCUCGAGCGUGCGCAGCGUCAUGUCCAGCAUGUCGUCCGUGUGGUCCACGCUCACGGGACACAAUGCGGCAGCCAAAGAGCAGAAAUUAAAGGCGCAACAUCGUGAUGAUCUCAAGUACUUGUACUCGUGCUUCACCAAAAUCCCAGCAUUGCGUCUUGCACCAGACCACAAAGCCCGUCCUAUCGCCGGCUACGAGGAGUUUCCCUUUGACACCGCCGUGCCCUUGUUCGUCUUCAAGAACGUGAGUUCACUCGAGGUUUGCGAUCUCGACUUCCGCUCCUUCUACGGCUGGGACAGACUAUCAGAGCAAUUGCGCAGCCUGACUGUAAAGAAUGCCAUGCUAGAGGAUCCAAUAGAGUUGUUGCGAGACAUUGUGUUGGAUGACACCGAGAAGAGGCGCAAACGCUCUUCCAAAACGCAGGUGCCGACCACGCCAUCGACCCCCGGUCCGUCUUGGUUCUCAGCCAGUCCAAAACGAUUCCCAGACUUUGGCUCCGCAGCAUCACAUCCUACCACUCCUGCAGCGCUCGGCCGAAGGGGAUCGCUCGGGUCUGCCAUUCUGUUGGAAAGAGGUGUCUCAGUUGAUGGCACGAAGCUCAUGGAGAAUGUCAGGCAGUCGAGUAAUUCUCCUCCACGGCCUGCAACCUCGAGGCACAUGUCGCUGAAUAAGCCGCGUUCACAUCGACCUGGUACCUCGAAUGUUCGCAGAUCUUCGGGCAGCUCAGGCUCCAGCCACCAUGAAAUGACUCCCCGCCACAGCUCCUCUGAUCUUCUGGCUAUGGGCAUUUUGCCUUCCUCAAAAUGGCGCUUCUUGCGACAUCUCAGCUUAGCAGAGAACUCGCUCACGCAUCUUACGGUGAGCAGCCUUGCACCAGUAGCGAGCACGCUGCAGUCACUUGACUUGUCGGGCAACCUCUUCUCCGAGAUCCCUGAAGCCCUGGCAAGUUUGACGCACCUGCGCGCGCUCAAUUUGAGCAACUGCAUGAUUGACAGCCUCGCCUCGCUCUCGCGCAAUCCACUGCCAGCCAUCACCACUCUCAAUUUGCGCUCCAACAGGCUGCUUUCACUUGCUGGCAUUGAGCGUCUGUACUCGUUGGAGCGACUUGAUUUGCGGGAUAACCGGCUGCAUGAUCCUACAGAAUUGGCUCGAUUAACAGGCAUGCCGGACGUGACCGAUUUGUAUGUGAUCAAAAAUCCCUUCACUAGGACUCACAGCAGUUACCGGAUUACAAUAUUCAACCUGUUCCGAUCCACUCCAGGCCACAUGCAGGACGUUACGAUCGAUACCAUGGGCCCACUAUACCACGAGAAGAAGUAUCUUGCAGACCGCGCCCCAGAACCUGCAAACAAACCCAUUGUCAGACCACUGCCGGAGGAUGAAGUUCCAGAGCCGCUCUCUGUCGCUGACCUACCGAUUGAUGCUGGACUGGAGCCUGUUCCGGAACCCCCAGCAAACAUGGGCCAUCGUCGAUCUCGGUCAGACAUGGGGCCGCCUUCGACAGUGAGAAGAAAGAAGAAUCCGCGUAAAAGGGUACUGGAGGCUGUGGCAGCUGUGUCACAGCCUCCAUCGGCAUUGGAAGAAAUUCCCACGGAGCCUCAAGUACCUGAACUCACUGAACUGCCGCCAAUGCCACACACCCCGACAACCGAAAGCGAUCAACCCUCGACCCCGGAAGCGACACCACAUCGCACUAUGCAUUUGAUACCACCGGCGCAGACAGCACUGGCGGCGCGGCCCAAAGUCCAAACAGGCUUUGCAGCCACCACUCCACCAAAGAUUCGGGAAUGGUCCGAUGAUAAUAAUUCACCCGUGAGAUCUCCAGAGGGUCUUGAGCCAACAUCGGGAUUGUAUCGCCAGAAGAUACAGGCCCUGAAACAGGAUUUGGGUCCCAAUUGGCUCUCUGCAUUGAAUGAGAGCAACGUGACAGAGGAGCCGAGAAAUCGAAGCUUCAGUCCUUCAUCAAGAACGACAGUCGCCGCCCGGCCAGAGCUCGCAAGAGGCGUCAGUGUUGGGGGACGUACCCUCGGGUGAAGGUGCUCGCUCAUUCGCUCGGACUCUAUCGAAGGUUGCCGCGGACUUCUUCGACGACUGCAACUGCAUGGCCACUGGCGUUUAUGAUUUGUUUUUCUUUUGGAUCUUCUCCCUUCGUUGCUUCAUUGUUUCGGGAUACCUGGUUUUGAAAGAGAGCGUAAUGACCAUUCUUCUCGUGGCCAUUACUCGGAUGGCAUUUUGUCUGGUUGUUGCAUUGGUGUAGAAAUACCCCUGGGUUUUGGCGAGCGAAUUAAUGCGUUCUUGUCUUACAGAGGCGCUUCUUAGUUGAAGGCGGCAUGCGAGCCGUGUAGAGGAUGAAGCAUGCCUCCCGAGGCAUAUAGAUUUCGUGUUGCGUAUGCCGGAGAGGCAUUAAACGAUGGCAUUUGUAGCGCGGCGUUCUGGGGGUUAAGCGGAUCUGUUGAAUACGUAGCAUUGCAUUCCUCGAAUCAAAUACAAAGUGUGGUUCAUGGAUGGCGCGAACGACUGGCCGGUACUUGAGCUGAAG